ACUCCUGACAUUACGAAGUCUAGAUUGUCUAUGAGUCCCAAUGUUGGGAUGACAAUUUAUCGUUAUGAACAAUCGAUAUCGAUAUCGAUAUUAACUACAAUAAUUUAUCAGAUUUUAACCGACUUCUUUACGUAGAAGGAGGAGGUUCUGUAUUCAGUUUCGUAUUUAUGUUUUAUGUACUUAUGUUCACCGAUGACUCCGAGAGCCAUGAUCCGAUUUUAAUCAUGUUUCUGAAGAAAGCGAAAGUGAGACAAGCCUUUUUCACAGGAUUAUUGCAAAUGUGACGAAAAAGAAUUACAUUUUGGUUUUAACAUAGAUAUUGUGUGACGUAAAAUUAAAAAUCCUGUGAUGACGUCAGCGGCGAAAUUAUCGUUAAUAAAUACAUCAUUUCAUCGACACUUCCAACGUUUCGUUUGUUUACUAUAUUGAACAAGUAAGGCUGAACUGACUUUAUUUAUGGUAAGUUUAACAGAUUUUUCUUAAGUUCUUUUCAUGAACGUAAAUUUGUGUUUACAGGGUGUACGAACUGGCCGGGGCCCUGCUAUGUGGGCCUAUAUCAUCGCGGCGGCUCGCGGGGACACCCGCCAGACGAUGGCUCGCAACCCUGAAGAAUACACCUUCUCAUACCGCGAUGGCCAAGUAUUUAUGGUAUCUGGGCCCCGAAUGGACGAGCCUGGCCCCUCCGGCGUCAGCACCAAAGAGAUCUUCGAGGAUUGCAGCCCCCCUCCCUCUUCUAAGGACUGCAUGAGCCCUCUCUCCACCUCCAAAGACAUUUGCAGCAGCCCCCCGUUCUCCAGGGACCUCAAGAGUCCUCCCGUUACCUCCAAAAAUUCUAUUCCGUUGAAAUCAUUGACCAGCCCUAACCAUGGAGUAGAAGAUGUCAUUGAGAUAUGUGAUGAUGAAGGAAUGGGAGAGAGUCAGCGCCCCAGUUGGUUCAGGAGCGCCCUCUCGCGGAUCAGGCGCGCCAUCCGCCGCCGCCUCAGCCGCCAGGACUCCGCCACGCCGCCCGACUUGUUCCUCGACAAGUACGCGGCCACAGAGUUCCAUGACCCGCAGGAGCCUAUGUACGAGGCCAAGAGGUCCAAGAUCCUUUGUGGACUUAAACUGGUAUUCGAUCCGACACAGCCGGGACAUUAUCAUUGGCUAGCCGUGGUCUCGCUAGCAAUCCUGUACAACGUGGUGUUCGUGAUCGGGCGCGCCGUGUUCUGGGAGCUGGAUACCAUCACAGUCGUUUGGUUCGUGCUGGACUACAUCUGCGACGCCAUCUAUCUCGUCGACACCGUCGUCCACGUACAUGAAGGGUAUCUUGAACACGGUCUAAUGGUAAAGGAAGCUACAAGACUUAGGAAGCAUUAUCUCAAGACAGAUUCCUGGCGGUACGACCUAAUAUCUCUGCUUCCCACGGACAUGGCAUACUAUUGGUGGAAACCGCAGAGCUGUGACUAUGAUCGUUUACCGUGCCCUGUUAUUGUGCGAAUGAAUCGACUGUUUCGCCUUCCUCGAAUGUGGGAGUGGUUCGACCGCACCGAGACGGCCACCAGCUAUCCAAACGCUUUCAGAAUCUGCAAGGUCGUGAUGGCCAUUCUAGUUCUAAUUCACUGGAAUGCAUGCCUUUAUUUCGCGAUAAGCUACGCAAUCGGAUUCGGCACCGACAACUGGGUAUACAACAUAACAGGUGGACGAAACGAAACGUUGGCUCAUCAAUACAUUUAUAGUUUUUAUUGGUCUACCCUAACACUCACUACCAUAGGAGAAACGCCUCAGCCUGAAAUCGAUCCGGAAUACUUAUUUGUUGUUGCGGACUUCCUUGCUGGCGUCCUAAUUUUUGCUACGAUUGUAGGUAAUAUCGGUUCAAUGAUAUCAAACAUGAACGUGGCUCGCGUUGAAUUUCAAAAUAAAAUGGAUGGCGUGAAACAGUACAUGGCAUUCAGAAAAGUGAGCGGGGAACUGGAGGCGAGAGUUAUCAGAUGGUUUGCAUACACUUGGGCUCAGAGCGGCGCCCUGGACGAAGAGAACGUCCUGUCUUCAUUACCUGAUAAACUUAAAGCCGAAAUUGCUAUACGCGUUCACUUGGAGACUCUGCGGAAAGUGCAAAUAUUUCAAGAUUGCGAGCCUGGUCUUCUUGAAGCACUUGUAUUAAAGCUACGACUUCAGGUAUUUAGUCCCGGAGAUUACAUUUGCCGCAAAGGAGAUGUUGGAAAAGAGAUGUACAUUGUUAAACGGGGACGUCUACAGGUAGUGGCUGACGAUGGCAAAACUGUGCUUGCAGUUCUAAGCGCCGGAUCUGUCUUUGGAGAAGUAAGCGUUUUGGACAUCGUUGGAAAUCGCACCGGCAAUCGUAGAACCGCCAAUGUACGAGCACUGGGCUAUUCUGACUUGUUUUGUUUGGGAAAAAGAGAUCUUUGGGAAGCCUUGGCUGACUAUCCCGAUGCCCGGACUACGUUGACUGAACGUGGAUGUCAACUUUUACGCAAGGAUGGUCUACUCGACGAGCAAGUUUUCCAGAAAGCUCAAAAUACUCAAUUGAGCCUAGAGGAAACCGUCAGCCAACUGGAAACUACAGUGGAAAUACUCAAUAACCGACUAGAAGGCUUGUUGAAUGAUAUUGGUGAAGAACAAGCUAAAAUUAAGCAAAAGCUCAGUCAGAUAGAAAUGAGAGUGGUAGACACUGAAGGUGAGGUUAUUACCGACGAUGAGGAUAGGACUUCAUCGGACGGGUCUGAAAUAAGAAGCGAGAUCGCUCGGAUGUCGGACAGCUACGAGUGCAGCGAGCUGGCGCUGAGCAUGUCCCCGAGCACGUCCACCGUGUUCCUGGAGAAGCCCGUCGCCUGCCGCGAGCGCGGCCACUCGCUGAGCGUCGAGAGGACGCCCAGCCUCAGCUACCUUGCCGCCCAACCAAGGAGUAAAUCACUCCGCAUUAAAAAACCGCCCAAAGACUACUCUCACUAAAAGCCAAAAAGGGUAAUUAUUAAAAAAAAAAACAUCAUGUGUUUUGAACCCAAUAUUUUUUUUCUUUCAUAUAAUCUACGUUAUUUUUGAUACCUUGAAAGGGUUUUAUUAAAUGUAAGGGUUUGGAAAUGGAACGUGAUUUUGGUACGGCUAGUUAUCGAGAACAAACCAAAAACUAUUAUAAAAAUUGUAGUUAAAGAUAAAUCUAUCUAAUAUAAUUUUGAAAAUUAGUGUCAAUGGAAUGUGGCUUUAAUUAGAAACAAGGGAGGGGCAGCAUACGGCUGCAUAUUUAAUUAAUUUGUUUAUAAAACAAUCUAAUUACUAGAGACGUUACAUUUACUAUAGGUAUUGGAACGUUUUAAAUGUUAAUAUCUGAAACAAGUGAAAUAAUUAUUUAUAUGUAACAUUUUAAAGACUUAGUAUUAUUUUUAAUAAGAUAGGUAUUUAAUGACAUAAUCAUCAUUAGUGAAUCAUAAAAUUUUUAAGUUCUCUAGUAACGACUUACCUUUCCAAUGGUAUUGUUUUAAAGAUUGUUAAAAUACUCGUUAAUUGUAUUUAAAAUGUAUGUAAUUAUAGUUUGUGUCCAUACGGAUGGUACCGAUUCAUUGGCAUCAAUAUCGCUUUGAUUGACGCCAAGUGCGCUUAGUCGUCGGCGUAUAGUGUCGCGACUUACACAAUACAAUAGAAAACGUUCGUCCGACAUCUCAUGUAAUGUAUAAUCGAAUCCGUUUAAAUCGUAAACCUGGCACGUCGUUCUAACUAUUUUUUUGUGAACUCUGGCAUAAUUUCACCAAUUUUCAUUUCACCAUGUUUAUGUAAAUUCUAAAUUUUGUAUUUUUAUAUCAACAAUAUUAAUGUUAUCAUAGAACGAAAACUCUGAUUUAUUAAAACGAUAUCAUAAAAGUGUAUUAGUAUUUAGUAUAGAUCGAAUAGAUAUAAUUAUCUAGUUAAUUAAGUUAGUGUCAAAAUAUUUUCAUAUUGUUAUAAAAUAAUGGUAAGGUACAGCGGGACAAAUCCGGAUUGGGGGCAAUUGUAAUUGAUCCAUUUUUUCCAUUAGGUACCUAAUUACACUAUUAAGAAAGAAAGAAAGAAAAAGUAUUUAGUAGAACAAAAUACAUUCUAAAGUAUAACAAUUUUAAACUAAAACUAAUUACACAAAAUUAUGAGUUGCGCUAAAUGGUCCUUACUCAGCUAGGUGUCACGGUAUGAGUAGAGUUCGUAUAAUUUGAGUUCCACGUGUAUCUACUGAACACGCGUACCAUAUAUAACCAGUGGACACUGUAAUUAAUAAUGCAAACAUUGAAAAACAUGGAAAAAAUUGAUCAGUUACAUUUGUCCCCGAGUCGAAAUUGCACCGCAAUUAUCCUUGUAUAAUUUUUCUAUCUUGUUUGCCUUAAGAUAUUUCAAUUAACCAAGUAUGUAUUGUUCUUUAGUAUCAAGUAUACAAUACUACACGAAUAAAAUAAUAUAUUAAAAUAUCUGAGCCACUGUGCAGUGUGCGUGUCUUCAGUCCGUUCUCUCCGUAAAAGUAUAAUUAUUUUUUGUUUAUAUACUUUUGGAUAAAAUCACCUAUUGUCAAAUCUCUUAUACUUUCCAAAGUAUUAAUAUCCACGGAAAUAAAAUGGUUUCUGUAGAAAAGCGCGUCUUCCAAUUUCCCUUUAUUUUAUUUUGAACUGCGUGGCAUUUUUCGUCACUGUUUUGACUAUAGUCUCUAUAAGAACCUUUAUUGUUUUACAGGAUAUAUUUUUAUUGAUUGUCAAUGACCUAAAACCUGAAAUAAUAUUAUCCACUAACCUCGAAGGGCGACGGCAGAGAUUACCUUUGAGGAUAAUUUGUAAAUUUAAAUGAAAACUUAUUUUCGUCAUAGCGUAAGGGAGUUUUGAAAUAAAUAUGAAACAACAGCAAUGAAGAUUUUUAAUAUCCCUUAUUAAUGUUUACAUAUCAGUUUCAAUUUGAUACAUCAGUUUAACUAAAGUAAAUCAACAAAAUAACAUAGCCCGCCAUAUGCCACCACAGUGAAACGAAACGACUACUAUAAUAAAACACUUGGAAACAAACAGAAAACAGAUCGGAGAAUAAUUCAUUCAACGACAAUUGGUUAGCUAACUAAAGGUUUUAA